CAGCCCGCCUGGUUUGGUUUGAGGAUUUUAUUCCAGAUUACCCGUUAUUUCUUCGGCGGCCCUUUAUCUAAACUUUACAUGAUUGCUUCUAACGGAAAUAGUUCCACUUGGAAGUAUCGUGCAUUUUGUGUGCGAUAGUUGCCAUGGUUUCCACGUAAUCUGUAACGCGCCGAUCAACAUCGGUGAUGCGGGUGAUGCCCUCAGUCGUAAUUGCGCUCCCUCAGCUACCCCAGUUCGAAUAAAGCACGUGAAAUGUUCGCGAAAACUAUGCGGUGUGGCAAGCGCUCGCUCUACGUUGAACCCCAUAAUUUUAUCGCGGGCAAGAAAGUUGCCACCAAGGAUCCGAUCGGGGAGAUCAAGGUACUGCAACCGGCGACAGGCAAAGUAUUGUGUCACGUAUCAUGUUCCGGACCAAAAGAUGUGGACAAAGCAGUUUCUGCAGCGAAACAGGCAUUUGAUCGGUGGUCAGCUCUCUCCCAUGGGGAGCGUGGAAAAUUUCUCACGGCCAUCGCAAAGAAAGUCAGGGAGAGGCAACAGGAGAUUGCAGAGGUUGAAAUGACUGACACAGGGAAGCCCAUAUGGGAAGCUCUGGUUGACAUUGACGGCUGUGCUGAUGUACUUGAGUACUAUGGUGGCAUUGCUGCAUCAAUAAAAGGUCAGCAAUUCGAUCUGCCUGGUGGAAGCUUUGCCAUGGUGCGCCGGGAACCCCUCGGUGUUGUGGCGGCCAUUGGCGCGUGGAACUACCCGUUCCAGGUGAUGUCUUGGAAAAUGGCACCUGCACUCAUAUGCGGCAACACCUUUGUCUUCAAGCCAUCGCCCUUGACGCCCCUGUCGGCCAUCCUGCUCGCCGAGAUAUGCCGUGACGUCGGUCUACCUGACAGCGUCGUAAACAUUGUUCAGGGCGAAGGUAAGACGGGCGAGCUGUUGUGCGAUCAUCCGGAUGUGGCCAAAGUGAGUUUCACGGGUAGCAUACCUACUGGACAAGCCAUCAUGCGCCGCUGUGCCGACUCCAUGAAGCGCUGCACCCUCGAGCUUGGGGGCAAGUCCCCCCUCAUUGUCUUUGCUGAUGCUUCUCCUACUGAAGCUGUGAAGGCAACAUUGCUGGGAAACUUCCUCACUCAAGGGGAGGUUUGCAGCAAUUGCACCCGGGUCUUCGUAGAAAAACCAAUGGUAGAAGAGUUUCUGGAUCACCUGGUGAAGGCUACCAAGAAGCUCAAGAUUGGUGACCCCGCCGACCCAGAUACCACAGUGGGCGCCACCAUCAGUGCUGAGCAUGCGGCACGAGUUUUGUCCUACAUCGACGGUGCUAAAAAGGAGGGAGCACGUGUGCUGUGUGGAGGGGAGCGGGUGACUCCUGCCAACCCAGAACUCUCGGGGGGAUUCUAUCUCAGCCCGUGUGUACUGGCUGACUGCACCGACAGCAUGAAGGUCAUGCAAGAGGAAGUGUUUGGUGCAGUGGUGAGCGUCUCUGCAUUUGACACCGAGGAGGAAGCUCUGCGGCGAGCCAACAACACUCCCUUCGGACUGGCUGCCGGUGUCAUGACUAAGGACCUGAGGAGAGCCCACCGAGUAGCGAACAAGUUGCAAGCUGGCAUCGUCUGGAUAAACAAUUACAAUGUGUUCCCUCCGGAGGUGCCCUUUGGAGGGUACAAAAUGUCGGGAUACGGACGCGAAAACGGCCUGGCAGCACUGCAAGCAUACUCCCAGGAGAAGACUAUUUAUGUAGAAAUGGGCGAUGGUGUGGACUGCCCGCUGUACAAGCUGUGAAUGGAAAACUGCGGAGUUGAA